UCUGCCCACAAUUGGGUCUAAUGAACACCAUAUGCACUGUAAAAACAAGACCAGCAAUGCAUUCAAACCACUUCCUGCAGGGCAGACUGAAGCUGAGGGGAAAUGACAUCACAGGCUUUAAGUUGGGAUGUGAUGUCGAAAUCACCCAAAAACAGUUCAGGAACAGACGGGUACAGAAUAAGUGUUGACACCAGCGACAGGUCGAAGUCCAGUUGCUGAUGUUACAAAACCAAUGGUGCAAGACAGACUACUAGACUGCCGUCUGAUUUGCGGAACUCUAUAGGUCAACAAUGAGACAGGCUACAGGACACAGCAGUGACAACCCGAGGAACAAUGCUAUCCAGACUGGAUCAGUUGUUUUUCUCUCCAACCCUUUGAUGAGUGAUAUUGAGUCAGAUUGGUCCCCCAUUCAUGAUGCAGCCUACAAUGGACGUGUUCUCACACUGAGAAACCUAAUAGCUCAGGGAACGUGUGUCAACCUGGCCACUCUAGACAGAGUCUCUCCCCUUCAUGGAGCAUGUCUGCAGGGACACACUGACUGUGCCCGGUUACUGAUAGAAAAUGGGGCAAAUGUGAAUGUCCCCAUGUUGGAGAAGACCACCCCUCUGUCGGAGGCCUGUGCCCGGGGCCACGCGGCCUGUGUGACCCUGCUCCUCCAGCACGGAGCCUCACCCCAGGGAUCCAGCCUCUCAGCCUCCCCCAUCCACGAGGCCGCAGCCAAAGGUCACCCAGAGUGCAUUGAGUCUCUGGUUCAUCACGGGGCAGAUGUAGAUCAGCACACUGACCAAUCAGGCUCGCCGCUCUACAUUGCCUGCACAAAUCAGCAUCUGAGUACCGUGAGGAAACUGCUUCAGCUUGGUGCUAGUGUGAACAGGAGUAAGGAUGGGGACUCUCCUCUGCACGCGGCAGCCCGUCUGUCCAACCCUGAGCUGGUGUCUGUUCUCCUGGAGCACGGGGCUGACUGCAACUGCAGAGACACACAGGGCAAGCAGCCCCUGGACCUGGCCCUUGCCAACAGCCCCGUUGAGAAACUACUGGGCCACAGAGGAGGAGUGUCUCGUCUGAUGCAGCAGUGCCGGCUGUCCAUCAGGAAGGUUUUGGGAAAGGCCAGACUUAGUUCAAUCCAUGGUCUUCAGAUCCCCACAGAACUGAAGCAAUACCUUCUGUACCAAUCAGAUCUAUAGGGUAUAUCCAUUAAAUUAACAUAUUUUUUGUUCUCUCUCAAUGCAUUUCUACUUUCGGUCAAUAGGUGGCACCUUAGCACCAGCAUCUGUGGAGAGGACGUAAACACUUAUUGUGAAUGUUGAUUAGUGGGAUGGUUUGUGCCACAUUAUCAGAUUUGUGCACAUGAAAGAUAUGAGAAAGAGAGAACUUUAGAUUUUAUGCAUUCAGAAAUAAAUAAAUAAAUAUGUACUGUUACUUGAAAAUUGGUGUGAUAUUGCUCAAUGGUAAGAUCAUAAAUGUUUACCAAAGGAAUGCCAAAUUAACAUCAUUAUUUUGUUUCAAA